UGCGCCCGCAGCAGGCAGGCGUCGGAGCCCCCCGUGCAAGACAGCCAGCCAGCCAGCCAGCCAGCGCCAGCGGGGGGCCCCCUGUGCAUCCUGCCCUCUGCACCACUCGGGAAGGGAAAAGGAGCCUGCUGCCUCACCGCCUCUCCCUCCCCUCCUCUGGAUCCAAAAGGACUCCCUCUUCUUUCCCUCCUUGCCUCCUGUCUCUCCCCCCCCGCCUUCCCCCGUGCAUCACCUUUGAUGGUCGUUGCAAUUACCUUGGCUUGCAUUUCAUCCGGCGCGCAAGGCAGGAGGGGAGUCCGCGGCUGACUGUGCUUUGCGCACCCCUCCUCUUCCCCCCCACCCUUAUUAUUAUUUUUUUCCUGCAUGCAGCCUUCCUUUCUGGCCAAGAGGGGCUGAACCCCUCUCCUCUCUGCCCUCCCCAGCCUUUGCCGCGGCUGGAUUCUCUCAUCUGCGAGGCUGGGAGGGAGAGAGGAGGAGGGCGAGGGGCUUUUCCUUGCAAUCUGCUCCCCCCCACCCCCUUUCCUCCUUCAGUGGAUGGUGAAAGAAUUGAAGACCCUCGGAAGGAGAGAGUGAAGAAGAGGCGAUCUCAGGAGAGCCGGCAGCUGUAGCUGCGAGGACUGUCUAGAGAGACCUGAUUUUUUUCCCUGCAGAAGCAUGCUGGCCCACAGGGUAAAAACGAUGGGGCCCUUCUUUCUGGUCCUAGGAUUUUGGCACACUCUGGUAGGGCUCGCCCCUAUUUUUGCCCUUGAAGAAGACUUCAUCAAAGCAAAACCUCCUAACUCCCCAAGCACGACGUGGGUGCUGCAGCCUAGACCUACACCGCCUAAUGGGAGAGACUCCAAUGCUUGGAACCGGCUCAAGGACCCACCUUUGGCAUUAUCUGAGGAUGUUGAAGUCAAUAUUGCACCAGUUCCAAAAUUUGGGGAGCAAGCCCUGGAGAGCUCUACCUCGCAAAUAUUGUCACCGAAGACAUGUAGCCCGAAACAGUUCGCAUGCAAAGAUCAGAUCACCUGCAUAUCCAAGGGCUGGAGAUGUGAUGGAGAGAAAGAUUGUCCAGAUGGCUCAGAUGAAUCGUCUGAUAUAUGUCCACAGAGUAAGGUGUCCCGAUGCCAGCCCAAUGAGCACAACUGCCUUGGUACUGAACACUGCAUCCCUAUGACUGAGCUGUGUAAUGGGGAGAACGACUGUGUGGAUGGCUCAGAUGAAGGAGUCCAUUGUCAAGAGUUCUUGACAAACUGCUCCACCAUGGGCUGCCAGCACCACUGCGUCCCAACUUUGAAUGGCCCAGCCUGCUAUUGCAACAGUUCCUUCCAGCUGGCUGACGAUGGAAAGAGCUGUAAAGAUUUUGAUGAGUGCACCGUGUAUGGCACAUGUAGUCAAACCUGCACCAACCAUCAUGGUUCCUAUAUAUGCAGCUGUGUCGAAGGGUAUCUUCUCCAGCCUGACCACAAAUCCUGCAAAGCCAAGAAUGAACCAGUGGACCGACCUCCCAUCCUACUCAUCGCCAACUCUCAGAACAUUCUCACUACUUUCUUAAGUGGUGGGCCCGUUCCUAACAUCACACCCACCAGCACCAAGCAGACCACUGCCAUGGACUUCAACUAUGUAGAAGACACAGUCUGUUGGGUCCACGUUGGUGACAGUGCCUCACAAACGAUCCUGAAAUGUGCCAAGAUCCCCAAUCUCAAGGGCUUCGUUGAGGAGCGGUCCAUCAACAUCUCCCUCAGCCUGCAUCAUGUGGAGCAGAUGGCCAUCGACUGGCUCACGGGCAACUUCUACUUUGUGGAUGACAUUGACGACCGGAUAUUUGUCUGCAAUAAGAACGGGGACACCUGUGUCACGUUGCUUGAUCUGGAGCUCUACAACCCCAAAGGCAUUGCGCUGGAUCCAACCAUGGGGAAAGUAUUUUUCACCGACUACGGACAGAUACCCAAAGUGGAGCGAUGUGACAUGGACGGGCAGAACCGUACCAAGCUGGUUGACAGUAAGAUCGUCUUCCCUCACGGCAUUACCUUGGACUUGGUCAACCGACUGGUUUAUUGGGCUGAUGCCUACCUUGACUACAUCGAAGUGGUGGAUUACGAGGGCAAGAACCGGCACACCAUCAUCCAAGGCAUCUUGAUAGAACAUCUCUAUGGCUUGACUGUGUUUGAGAACUAUCUCUAUGCCACCAACUCAGACAAUGCCAACGCCCAGCAGAAAACCAGCGUCAUCCGGGUCAAUCGGUUCAACAGCACAGACUUCCAGGUGGUAACCCGUGUGGAUAAAGGCGGAGCUCUGCACAUCUACCAUCAGCGACGGCAACCCAAAGUGAGGAGUCAUGCCUGUGAACAGGACCAGCUUGGAAAACCCGGAGGCUGCUCGGACAUCUGUCUCCUCGGGAACAGCCACAAGACCAGGACGUGCCGGUGCCGAUCGGGAUUCAGCUUAGGCAGCGAUGGGAAAUCCUGCAAAAAGCCAGAGCAUGAGCUGUUCCUUGUUUACGGCAAAGGGCGGCCUGGCAUUAUCCGAGGAAUGGACAUGGGGGCCAAAGUGCCCGAUGAGCACAUGAUCCCCAUCGAGAACCUGAUGAAUCCCAGAGCUCUGGAUUUCCACGCAGAGACCGGCUUCAUUUACUUUGCCGACACCACCAGCUACCUGAUCGGACGGCAGAAGAUCGACGGAACAGACCGAGAAACGAUUCUGAAAGAUGGGAUUCACAACGUGGAAGGGAUCGCUGUGGACUGGAUGGGGAACAAUCUUUACUGGACUGACGAUGGCCCCAAGAAGACCAUCAGCGUGGCCCGGCUGCAAAAGGCUGCUCAAACCAGAAAGACCCUGAUUGAAGGAAAGAUGACGCACCCUCGAGCUAUUGUUGUGGAUCCUUUGAAUGGGUGGAUGUACUGGACUGAUUGGGAGGAAGACCCAAAAGAUAGCAAGAGGGGGAAGAUCGAAAGGGCUUGGAUGGAUGGCUCCAACCGGAAUGUCUUUGUCACUUCCAAAACGGUCCUGUGGCCCAAUGGAUUGAGCCUGGAUAUUCCAGCAAAGGUGCUGUACUGGGUGGAUGCUUUUUAUGACCGAAUCGAGAUGGUUUUGCUGAACGGCACGGAACGCAAGAUCGUGUACGAUGGUAAUGAGUUGAACCAUGCCUUUGGAUUGUGCCACUAUGGCAAGUUCCUCUUCUGGACAGAGUACCGGAGCGGCAGCAUCUAUAGGCUGGACCAGGCGACCAAGGCAGUCACGCUGCUGCGCAAUGAGCGCCCACCCAUCUUUGAGAUCCGCAUGUAUGAUGCACAGCAACAACAAGUCGGCUCCAACAGCUGCCGAGUGAACAAUGGAGGCUGCAGCAGCCUUUUGGCAGUCCCCAAAAGCAGACGCUGCGCCUGUGCAGAGGACCAGAUUUUGGCGCCGGACUCUGUCACCUGUCAAGCCAACCCUUCUUACAUCCCGCCCCCUCAGUGCCAGCUUGGAGAGUUUGCCUGCAAGAACAACCGCUGUAUCCAAGAGCGCUGGAAAUGUGACGGGGACAAUGACUGCCUGGACAACAGUGACGAGGCACCUGAGCUCUGCCAUCAACACACCUGCCCUUCAGACCGUUUCAAGUGUGAGAACAAUCGCUGCAUUCCCAACCGCUGGCUGUGCGACGGGGACAACGACUGCGGGAACAAUGAAGAUGAGUCUAACUCAACUUGCUCCGCUCGUACCUGCCCUCCCAACCAGUUCUCCUGUGCCACCGGGCGUUGUAUACCCAUGUCUUGGACCUGUGACUUGGAUGAUGAUUGUGGAGACCGCUCUGAUGAGUCAGCCACAUGUGCCUACCCGACUUGCUUCCCUCUGACCCAGUUCACAUGCCACAACGGCCGUUGCAUUAACAUCAACUGGAGAUGUGACAAUGACAAUGACUGCGGAGACAACAGCGAUGAAGCCGGCUGCAGCCAUUCCUGCUCGAGCAACCAGUUCAAAUGCAACAGCGGGCGCUGCAUUCCUGUCCACUGGACUUGUGAUGGAGAUAAUGACUGCGGGGACUAUAGCGAUGAGACCCAUGCUAACUGUACCAAUCAGGCCACACGUCCACCCGGGGGCUGCCACGCAGACGAAUUCCAGUGCCGGCUAGAUGCGCUCUGCAUUCCCAUGCGCUGGCGUUGCGAUGGGGACACCGACUGCAUGGACUCCAGUGAUGAGAAGAACUGCGAGGGAGUCACCCACGCCUGUGAUCCGAAUGUCAAAUUUGGUUGCAAGGAUUCUGCCCGGUGUAUCAGCAAGGCCUGGGUAUGUGAUGGGGACAGUGAUUGCGAGGACAACUCUGAUGAGGAGAACUGUGAAUCACUGGUGUGCAAGCCACCAUCCCACACUUGUGCCAACAACACAUCUAUCUGCCUGCCUCCCGAGAAGCUGUGUGAUGGCAACAAUGACUGUGGGGACAACUCUGAUGAAGGAAAACUGUGUGACCUGUGCUCUCUGAACAAUGGGGGCUGCAGUCACAACUGCACAGUCGCACCAGGAGAGGGCAUUGCAUGCUCUUGUCCUUUGGGCAUGGAGCUGGGUGCCGAUAACAAGACCUGCCAGAUCCAGAGCUACUGUGCCAAGCACCUCAAGUGCAGUCAGAAGUGCGAGCAGGACAAAUACAACGUGAAGUGCUCUUGCUACGAGGGGUGGAUGCUGGAACCCGACGGCGAGAGCUGCCGUAGCACAGACCCCUUUAAGCCUUUCAUCAUCUUCUCCAACCGCCACGAGAUACGGCGUAUCGACCUUCACAAGGGAGAUUACAGUGUGCUGGUGCCUGGCUUGCGGAACACCAUCGCUCUGGACUUCCAUCUCAACCAGAGCUCCCUCUACUGGACUGAUGUGGUGGAAGACAAGAUAUACCGUGGGAAGCUCCAUGAGAAUGGAGCCCUGACUAGCUUCGAGGUGGUGAUCCAAUAUGGGCUAGCUACACCAGAAGGACUUGCUGUGGACUGGAUUGCCGGAAACAUCUACUGGGUAGAAAGCAACCUGGACCAGAUUGAGGUGGCCAAACUGGAUGGGACCAUGAGGAGUACCUUACUGGCUGGCGACAUUGAGCAUCCCCGUGCCAUUGCUCUGGACCCACGAGACGGGAUUCUUUUCUGGACCGACUGGGAUGCCAGUCUGCCCCGCAUUGAAGCCGCUUCCAUGAGCGGUGAGGGACGACGAGUCAUCCACAAGGAAACUGGCUCAGGUGGCUGGCCUAACGGACUCACUGUCGACUACUUGGAGAAACGCAUUUUGUGGAUCGAUGCCAGGUCAGACGCCAUCUAUUCUGCCCUCUAUGAUGGCUCAGGCCACAUCGAGGUGCUGCGAGGGCACGAAUACCUGUCUCACCCUUUUGCCGUCACGCUGUACGGCGGUGAGGUGUAUUGGACAGACUGGCGUACAAAUACCCUUGCCAAGGCCAACAAGUGGACUGGCCACAACGUCACCGUUGUGCAGAGAACCAACACGCAGCCCUUCGACUUGCAGGUUUAUCAUCCUUCUCGCCAGCCUCUAGCUCCCAACCCCUGUGAGGCCAAUGGAGGUAGAGGCCGCUGUUCUCACCUCUGCCUCAUCAAUUACAAUCGCACCUUCUCCUGUGCCUGCCCUCACCUCAUGAAGCUGGACAAGGACAACACCACAUGCUACGAAUUUAGGAAGUUCCUACUAUACGCUCGCCAGAUGGAGAUUCGGGGAGUGGACAUUGACAAUCCUUACUACAAUUACAUCAUCUCUUUCACUGUGCCUGAUAUUGACAACGUCACUGUGGUUGACUACGAUGCCAUGGAGCGGCGGAUCUACUGGUCUGAUGUCCGCACGCAAACCAUCAAGCGGGCAUUCAUCAAUGGAACUGGCGUGGAAACCGUUGUGUCCGCAGACUUACCCAAUGCCCACGGUCUCGCUGUGGACUGGAUCUCCAGGAACCUUUUCUGGACCAGCUACGAUGCCAACAAGAAGCAGAUCAAUGUUGCCCGGUUAGAUGGUUCCUUUAAGAACGCUGUGAUUCAAGGACUGGACAAGCCCCAUUGCCUGGUUGUGCAUCCUCUCAAAGGGAAACUCUACUGGACAGACGGAGAUAACAUCAGCAUUGCCAAUACGGAUGGCAGCAACCGUAGCCUGCUGUUUGCGAACCAAAAGGGCCCUGUUGGCCUCUCCAUCGACUACCAGGAAAGCAAGCUAUACUGGAUCAGCUCUGGCAAUGGCACCAUCAAUAGGUGUAACUUGGAUGGCAGCGGUUUGGAGGUGUUGGAGUCCAUGAAGGCCCACCUGCGUAAGGCUACAGCACUGGCUAUCAUGGGUGACAAGUUGUGGUGGGCUGACCAGGCUGCUGAAAAAAUGGGCACCUGCAACAAGAAGGAUGGGUCGGAGGCCGUUGUGCUGCGCAACAGCACCACCCUGGUCAUGCACAUGAAAGUCUAUAAUGAGAGCAUUCAGCAAGAAGGUACCAAUCCCUGCAGUAUCAACAAUGGAGAUUGCUCCCAGCUCUGCCUUCCGGUCUCGGAGACUUCUCGUUCCUGCAUGUGCACAGCUGGCUACAGCCUGAAGACCGGACAGCAGUCUUGUGAAGGGGUCGGCUCUUUCCUCCUCUAUUCUGUGCAUGAGGGUAUACGCGGCAUCCCAUUGGACCCCAAUGACAAGUCUGAUGCAUUGGUACCUGUCUCCGGGACCUCACUGGCUGUUGGCAUUGAUUUCCAUGCAGAUAAUGACACCAUCUAUUGGGUGGACAUGGGCCUGAGCACCAUCAGCCGUGCCAAGAGAGACCAGACGUGGCGAGAGGAUGUGGUGACCAAUGGCAUCGGCCGGGUGGAAGGCAUAGCUGUGGAUUGGAUUGCGGGCAACAUCUAUUGGACAGACCAGGGCUUUGACGUCAUUGAGGUAGCCAGGCUCAAUGGUUCGUUCCGCUAUGUGGUGAUCUCACAGGGGCUGGACAAGCCGCGGGCCAUCACGGUGCACCCAGCAAAAGGGUAUCUUUUUUGGACAGAGUGGGGCCAGUAUCCUCGCAUUGAACGGUCCCUGCUGGAUGGGACAAAGCGUGUGGUCCUCAUCAACAACAGCAUCAGCUGGCCCAAUGGGAUCUCAGUUGACUAUGAGGAUGGGAAGCUUUACUGGUGUGAUGCCCGGACAGAUAAGAUUGAACGCAUUGACCUGGAGACGGGUGAAAACAGGGAAGUUGUCCUCUCCACUAACAACAUGGACAUGUUCUCGGUGUCGGUCUUUGAGGAUUACAUCUACUGGAGUGACAGGACUCAUGCAAAUGGAUCUAUUAAGAGGGGAAGCAAGGACAACGCUUCUGAAAUUGUCUCUCUGCGCACAGGAAUAGGGGUGCAGCUGAAAGACAUCAAGGUGUUCAACAGAGCCAGGCAAAAGGGUACCAAUGUAUGUGCUCAGAACAACGGUGGCUGCCAGCAGUUGUGCUUGUUCCGGGGAGGAGAGCAGCGGACAUGUGCAUGUGCCCACGGCAUGCUCUCUGAGGACAGUGUGAGCUGCCGUGAGUAUGACGGCUACCUGCUCUAUUCGGAACGUACCAUUCUCAAGAGUAUCCACUUGUCAGAUGAAAACAACCUCAAUGCGCCCAUCAAGCCGUUUGAAGAUAGCGAGCACAUGAAAAACGUCAUUGCCUUGGCUUUUGACUACCGCUAUGGCAACAAGGGUAGCAACCGCAUCUUCUACAGUGACAUUCAUUUUGGCAACAUCCAACAAAUCAACGAUGAUGGAACAGGACGUAGGACCAUAGUUGACAAUGUCGGCUCAGUCGAGGGCCUGGCCUACCACCGAGGCUGGGAUACUUUGUACUGGACAAGCUACACCACGUCCACCAUUACCCGGCAUACUGUGAAUCAGACCCGUCCUGGAGCUUUCGAGAGGGAAACAGUCAUCACCAUGUCUGGGGACGACCAUCCUCGAGCCUUUGUGCUGGAUGAGUGCCAGAACCUGAUGUUCUGGACCAACUGGAACGAGCAGCACCCAAGCAUCAUGCGGGCCUCGCUCUCAGGUGCCAACAUGAUUACCAUCAUUGAUAAAGACAUUCGCACACCCAAUGGCCUGGCUAUUGAUCACAAAGCAGAGAAGAUCUAUUUCUCCGAUGCCACGCUGGACAAGAUCGAGCGCUGUGAAUACGAUGGUUCCCAACGACAAGUCAUCCUGAAGACAGAGCCAGUGCACCCUUUUGGGCUUGCGGUCUACGGGGACUACAUCUUCUGGACGGACUGGGUGCGUCGGGCUGUGCAGCGCGCCAACAAAUACGUGGGCUCCGACAUGAAGCAUCUGCGCAUUGACAUCCCCCAGCAACCCAUGGGCAUUAUCGCCGUGGCCAAUGACACCAAUAGCUGCGAACUGUCUCUCUGCAGAGUGAACAAUGGCGGCUGCCAGGACCUGUGCCUCCCCACCCCCAAAGGCCAAGUGAUCUGCUCUUGCCGUGGUGAAAGAACCCUUCAAGAAGAUCUUAGCUGCAGAGCUUCCAACUCCACCUGUAACGUGCACACCGAGUUUGAGUGUGGGAAUGGGGACUGCAUUGACUUCAGCCGAACCUGCGAUGGCGUGGCCCAAUGCAAGGACAAGUCGGAUGAGAAGCAAUCCUACUGCAACAACCGCAAGUGUAAGAAGGGCUACUUCCAUUGCAUCAACAAGCGUUGUGUGGCCAACAGGUUCUUGUGCAAUGGUGCAGACGACUGUGGGGACAACUCGGACGAAGUGCCUUGUAACAAGACAACCUGUGCUGUUACGGAGUUCCGUUGCCGGGAUGGGACCUGUAUUGGCAACUCAAGCCGCUGCAACCAACACAUUGACUGCGAGGAUGCAUCCGAUGAGAUGAACUGCACUGCCACUGACUGCAGCAAUUUCUUCAAGCUGGGAGUCAAAAGUACCACCUUCCUGAAGUGUGAGCACACAUCCAUGUGCUAUGCUCCGUCCUGGGUGUGUGAUGGCAGUAAUGACUGUGGGGACUACUCAGAUGAGCAGAAUUGCCCAGGUAUCGAGAGAAAAUCAAAGUGCCCGGCCAACUACUUUACCUGCCCAAGUGGGAGAUGUAUCCCCAUGACCUGGACAUGCGAUAAGGAGAAUGACUGUGAAAACGGCGAGGACGAAACACACUGUAAUAAGUUCUGCUUCCCGGUGAAGUUUGAAUGCAACAAUCACCGUUGCAUCUCCAAGUUGUGGGUGUGUGACGGUGCAGAUGACUGUGGGGAUGGCUCGGAUGAAGACCACCGUUGCAAACAUACCACCUGUGCUGCAGGUUCCUUCCAGUGCCCAAACACCUAUGUGUGUGUGCCAGAACGCUGGCUCUGUGAUGGAGACAAAGAUUGCGCUGAUGGGUCUGAUGAAAGCUUGGCAGCUGGUUGCUUGUACAACAACACAUGCGAUGAGCGGGAAUUCAUGUGCAACAACCGGCAGUGCAUCCCCAAACAUUUUGUUUGCGACCACGAUAAUGACUGCGGCGAUAAUUCCGACGAGUCCCCGGAAUGCGAGUACCCCACAUGUGGCCCCAAUGAGUUCCGCUGUGCCAAUGGCCGGUGCCUGAGCCACAAGCAGUGGGAGUGCGACGGAGAGUUUGACUGCCACGACCACUCGGACGAGGCACCCAAGAAUCCUCGCUGCUCUAGUACAGAGAGCAAGUGCAACAACACCUCUUUCCUGUGUCACAACGGGAACUGCAUCUCCGAGCAUCUGCUCUGCGACAACAACAACGACUGUGUCGAUGGCUCCGAUGAGCUCAACUGCUUCAUCAAUGAGUGCCUCAAUAAGAAGCUCAGUGGCUGCUCCCAGGAAUGCGAGGACCUCAAAAUCGGCUACAAGUGCAGAUGUCGCCCUGGGUUCCGGCUGAAGGAUGACGGGAAGACUUGCAUCGACAUCGACGAGUGCACAACCACCUACCCCUGCAGCCAGAUCUGCUUCAACACCUUGGGGAGUUUCAAGUGUCUGUGCACGGAUGGCUAUAUGGUGAAGCCCGACGACCCUACCAGCUGCAAAGCCGUCACAGAUGAUGAGCCCUUCCUGAUCUUUGCUAAUCGGUACUACCUGAGGAAGCUUAGCCUGGAUGGUUCCAACUACACGUUGCUGAAGCAGGGGCUGAACAAUGCUGUGGCUUUGGACUUCGACUACCGGGAACAAAUGAUCUAUUGGACGGAUGUCACCACACAAGGCAGCAUGAUCCGCCGCAUGCACAUCAAUGGCAGCAAUGUACAGGUUCUACACCGUACUGGGCUAAGCAACCCCGAUGGCUUGGCAGUGGACUGGGUGGGUGGAAACCUGUACUGGUGUGACAAAGGAAGGGAUACCAUUGAAGUGUCAAAGCUCAACGGGGCCUACCGCACCGUGCUGGUGAACACAGGAUUACGGGAACCCAGGGCAUUGGUAGUGGAUGUACAACAUGGGUAUCUAUACUGGACCGACUGGGGUGACCAUUCCCUAAUUGGUAAGAUAGGCAUGGAUGGCACCAACCGAAGCGUCAUUGUAGACACCAAGAUCACCUGGCCCAAUGGCCUCACCCUGGACUAUAUUAACAGCCGCAUUUACUGGGCUGAUGCUCGGGAGGACUACAUUGAGUUUGCCAGCCUGGAUGGCUCCAACCGGCACAUAGUUCUGAGCCAGGAUAUUCCUCACAUCUUUGCCCUGACCCUGUUUGAGGAUUACAUUUAUUGGACCGACUGGGAGACCAAAUCCAUCAAUCGGGCCCACAAGACCACUGGCACGAACAAAACCACGCUGAUCAGCACUCUGCAUCGACCCAUGGACAUCCACAUUUUCCACCCCUACAGACAGCCGGACGUUCCCAACCACCCUUGCAAAAUCAACAAUGGCGGCUGCAGCAACCUGUGCCUGCUGUCCCCGGGAGGAGCCUUCAAGUGCGCUUGCCCGACCAACUUCUAUUUGGGUGGCGAUGGCAGGACCUGCAUCUCCAACUGCACAGCGAGCCAGUUCGUCUGCAAGAAUGACAAGUGCAUCCCUUUCUGGUGGAAAUGCGACACCGAAGACGAUUGCGGGGAUCACUCGGAUGAACCCGAGAAUUGCCCUGAAUUCAAGUGCCGCCCGGGGCAGUUCCAAUGUUUGACAGGAGUCUGCACCAACCCGGCCUUCAUCUGCGACGGGGACAACGAUUGUCAUGACAGCUCGGAUGAGGCCAACUGUGAGGCACAUGUCUGCCUGCCCAGCCAGUUCAAGUGUACCAACACCAACCGCUGCAUUCCUGGUAUCUUCCGCUGCAACGGACAGGACAACUGCGGUGACGGCGAGGAUGAGAAGGACUGUCCGGAAGUGACUUGUGCUCCAAACCAGUUUCAGUGUGCCAUUACCAAACGUUGUAUUCCACGGGUGUGGGUGUGUGACCGUGACAACGACUGCGUGGACGGAUCUGACGAACCUGCCAAUUGCACACAAAUGAGAUGUGGCCUGGAUGAGUUCCGAUGCAAGGAUUCCGGUAGAUGCAUCCCAGCACGUUGGAAAUGUGAUGGGGAAGAUGAUUGCGGAGACGGCUCAGAUGAACCCAAGGAAGAAUGUGACGAGCGAACCUGUGAGCCGUACCAGUUUCGAUGCAAGAACAACCGUUGCGUGCCUGGCCGCUGGCAGUGUGACUACGACAAUGACUGUGGAGACAACUCCGACGAGGAGAACUGUAAACCCAGACCUUGCUCGGAAAGCGAGUUCUCCUGUGCCAACGGGCGUUGCAUCGCGGGUCGCUGGAAGUGUGACGGAGAUCACGAUUGUGCUGACGGAUCCGAUGAGAAAGAAUGCAAACCACGCUGUGAUCACGACCAGUUCCAUUGCAGGAACGGCCACUGCAUCCCACUGCGAUGGCGCUGCGAUGCUGAUGCUGACUGCAUGGAUGGCAGCGAUGAGGAGAACUGCAGCACCAGGGUGAGGACUUGCCCCCUGGAUGAAUUCCAGUGCAACAACACCCUGUGCAAGCCGCUGGCCUGGAAAUGCGACGGGGAGGACGACUGUGGCGAUAACUCCGAUGAGAACCCCGAGGAAUGCUUGAAAUUCCAGUGUCCACCUAAUAGACCGUUCCGCUGCAAGAACGACCGUGUGUGUCUGUGGAUCGGUCGCCAGUGUGACGGUAUCGACAACUGCGGCGACGGAACUGAUGAGCUAUAUUGUGAGUCACCCACUACCAGGCCCAGGAGCUGCAGCCACGAGAAGAACGAAUUCCUUUGCCACAACGGGAAAUGCAUCGGGGCUGAGCAGCGGUGCAACUUCUUUGAUGACUGCGGGGAUGGCUCUGACGAGGAGAGUUGUCUGCCAGAUCUCAAGACGUACGGCUGUCACACCAACGUGACCAUGUGCGGCGAUGAAGCCAAAUGCAUGCAGACCUCCUCGGCUGUGUACUGCACCUGCCGCAGCGGCUUCCAGAAAGUGGCAGACAAGAAUUCUUGCCAAGAUAUCAAUGAAUGCCUGAAUUUUGGGGUUUGCUCUCAACUCUGCAACAAUACCAAAGGGUCCUACAUGUGUACCUGUGCCAAGAACUUCAUGCGGACUCAUCAUAUGUGCAAAGCAGAAGGCUCUGAACACCAGAUUCUCUACAUUGCCGAUGAUAACAAGAUCCGCAGCAUGUACCCCUUCAACCCCAACUCGGCCUACGAACCGGCCUUCCAAGGGGAUGAGAAUGUCCGCAUCGCUGCCAUGGAUGUAUAUGUCAAGGGUAACAAGAUCUACUGGACCAAUUGGCACACGGGGCGCAUCUCCUGCCGUGAACUGCCGUCCUCCGCUGGGUCUAGUGCCUCCAAUCGUAACCGACGACAGAUAGAGGGUGGUGUCACCCACCUCAACAUAUCUGGGCUGAAGAUGCCACGGGGCAUUGCCAUUGAUUGGGUGGCUGGGAACAUCUACUGGACAGAUUCGGGGCGCGAUGUCAUUGAAGUGGCACAGAUGAAGGGCGAGAACCGGAGAACGCUGAUCUCGGGCAUGAUCGAUGAACCUCAUGCCAUUGUAGUGGACCCGCUCCGAGGUACUAUGUACUGGUCAGACUGGGGGAACCACCCCAAGAUUGAGAAAGCUGCGAUGGAUGGGACCAUGAGGGAGACCCUUGUACAGGACAAUAUCCAGUGGCCGACAGGACUGGCUGUUGAUUACCACAACGAGCGUCUGUAUUGGGCAGACGCCAAGCUUUCCGUGAUCGGCAGCAUCCGGCUCAAUGGCACUGACCCAGUGGUAGCUAUUGACAGCAAGAAAGGGCUCAGCCAUCCUUUCAGCAUCGACAUUUUUGAGGAUUACAUCUAUGGUGUCACCUACAUCAACAACCGCAUCUUUAAGAUCCACAAGUUUGGCCAUGGCACCGUCACCAAUCUGACAGCAGGGCUCAACCACGCCACUGAUGUGGUACUCUACCACCAGUACAAACAGCCAGAUGUGCCAAAUCCGUGUGACAGGAAGAAGUGUGAAUGGCUCUGCCUCCUGAGUCCCAGCGGCCCUGUGUGUACCUGUCCCAACGGCAGGCGGUUGGACAAUGGCACGUGUGUGCUCAUCCCUACACCGACUCUUACACCUGUUGUUCCAGCCACCGACACUUGCGACCUGGUUUGUCUCAAUGGCGGCAGCUGCUUCCUAAAUGCCCGCAAGCAACCCAAGUGCCGAUGCCAGCCACGCUACAACGGGGACAAAUGCCAAUUUGACCAGUGCUCUAACUACUGCCAGAACGGGGGCACCUGUGCUGCUUCCCUGUCUGGGAUGCCAACUUGCCGCUGCCCCAAUGGCUACACCGGCUCCCAGUGCACCCAGCAGUUGUGCACAGACUACUGCCUCAACAACGGCAGCUGCUCUGUCAACCAGGGCAACCAGCCCAAUUGCCGCUGCCCGGUUGAGUUCAUCGGCGACAAGUGCCAAUACCGCCAGUGCUUUAACUACUGUGAGAACAAUGGCAUCUGCCAGCUGACAGCCUCCGGAACCCGUCAGUGUCGCUGCCUGCCGCAUUACUACGGGGACCGCUGCCAGCAUAACAAGUGUGACCGCUGUCUUAAGGGCAACUGCUCCAUCAACAAGCAGAGCGGCAACGUUACCUGCACGUGCCCUGAUGGCAGGACAGCGCCCAGCUGCUUGACAUGUGACAACUACUGCCUAAACGGAGGCACGUGCACCAUGAAUGCCGAAACCUCAAUGCCAAAAUGCCAGUGCUCGGCAGAAAUGACCGGGGACCAGUGUGAGACAUCUGUGGACAGCGACCAGCAAAGUAACAGAACGGUCUCCAUCGUCAUCCCCAUCCUCCUCCUCCUGCUGGUGAUACUGGUGGCAGGCGCUGUGGUCUGGUAUAAAAAACGGAUUAAAGGGGCCAAGGGUUUCCAACAUCAGCGCAUGACCAAUGGUGCCAUGAACGUGGAGAUCGGCAACCCCACCUACAAGAUGUAUGAGGGGGACCCCGACGCCGACGACGUGGGGGAACUGCUAGAUGCCGACUUUGCUCUGGACCCUGACAAGCCCACAAACUUCACAAACCCAGUGUACGCCACACUCUACAUGGGCGCCCACAACAGCCGCAACUCACUAGCCAGCACGGACGAAAAGCGGGAGCUGCUGUCGAGAGGGGCAGAGGACGACCUUGGCAACCCCCUGGCAUAGGGAUCAGGGGGGAUGGGCCACAGGCCCAGACAGAGACCUGGCGGGAAAGAGACAAGAUGGGAUGGGGAGGGCGGGGGGAGCAAGAGAUACUGUAUAAAUGUACAAAUGAAGGAUUAUUACUUUUAUAUGUGAGCAGUAUUAUUACCUGUAUAUUCCCUUUCAUCUACCAGCCGCUGAAUCUCUGUCACCGGACUCUGAGGUGGCCGGAGUUACAGGCAACUUUGGGAGGUGGAAGGAAAAGUGAGAGAGAAAAAAAAACCCUUAGUUUGGGUUGAAGGGCUCUAUGGUCUUACCUGGCUACUUCCUCCCCCCCCACCCCACCCCCCACAAUGCACAAAUCAGUCCACUUCUGCUUCCUGUGCCAGCAGCUUUAAGUUGUGGUGCUUUUUCAGGCAUGAUACAUUUCAGACCGUUCUGGGGUGCCAAAAAUGAACAAAUCGGAGCUGCUCUGAGCAAAACUCCCUUUUUGCUAGGAAGGUGGUCGGAGGGGUGUUGGGAAAGGGCAUCAGGUCCCCAAGAGACCAAGGGGAAAAACUGCUGCUUCUCCCUCCUGCUUGAGGAAAAAAGAAAUGGUUUGGACUGCAAUGUAAUCUCAGUCUAACACUACCUGAAUCCAGAUUGAGUUCAACUAAAGUCACCCUGCUGUGCAUAGACGCUCAGCAGUUCUUACUUUUUCUUGCAAGAGGGACCCUCACUGUCGUUCCUUCCUUCCUUCCUUCCUUCCUUCCUUCCUUCCUUCCUUCCUUCCUUCCUUCAUUCCUUGCAUUAGUCUUGUCACGUGAAGCCACAUUAGCUCAGUCCCUUCUCCAUUCUGAUCCAGGUGCAUGUUGAACUCAAGGGAUGAAGAAAGAGACUUCAGAUAAGGAGCUUUGCCACCCCCGUUCCUCCCCAAGCAAUUUGACUAGUCUCAUCAAAUCACUUUCGUCUUCCCUGGAGAUUCCUUCGCCUAAGGAGGGGUCUCCAGUCUCACUUGAAGUUUUGCUUGAGGGGUGAAAGCCAGUUCCAGCCUACAGAUGUGUUAACCUCCCUGUGAGAAAAUUCCACAAGUCUUCAUCAAAACCCGUCUGAAAUGUCCCUUCCCAAAUUCACUUCUGGUUUUAUUUUAGGUAAAAAUGUUGCAGGCCACUCUAGGCUUUGAGCACAGUUGGCCAACAUCUCACUAGAGUUUAGGCAAAUCUAGCAACACCCCCCCAUCCCACCCCUUUCUCAUCUCUUGGCAUAUGUUCGGUAUGGAAGGACCUUAGUUUGGUGUGUCUCUCUGUUCUAGAAAAGGCCUUUAGCAUUUUCCUUCGUUAUUUUUUAUCACCGUUUGGCAGACCCUCUAAGAGUGCACAGUGGAUCACGGCAGGUCUGUAGAGCACAACUGAAGAAUCAUGGCAGUAGAUGUUCUGCCUAUAUCCCAUCAACGGCCCACGGCCCUCCUCCCAAAAAUCUUUAGCCCAUAUCAUCGACAACAGCCUUUUCUUUCGCAACAACCCUCCGAUUGCAUCUUCUCCUUGCUACGCCUUAACCUUUUCUAACCCACAAGAUUCCAGACUCCUUCUAGCCCACCGCACACCCUUGCCAGUGAUCCUCCGUUAUAGCUUUCCUGCAUCUGCUAAGUAGGCUGUGGCCAUAUAAAACUCAUGCCACAAGAAUUAACGCACUCUCUGUGGACAGUGGGAUGGAAAGCCUUUCGGGUAUGAGUCAAGCUGACUUGAGCAUUCCUGGUACCUGUAAGCCACAGCAGAUUUGGCAGGUCGACUCCUGCUAACCCAAAUGUCUCGGUAUAUUCUAACCAGAUCAGUAAGUCUAGAGGGUUGCAUCAAAACCCCACCCACCCACCCCCCAAAAAGUGAGAAGCUGUCCUUUAUGUGCCACAGAACUCCUUACAGUUCCCAGUUUUCCCUUCACACUAAAUGUAUUUCUGAAAGUAUUUUAUUUCCAAGAGUUUUUAUUAUUUUUUUUUAUAUCUCGUUUUAUUUAGUGCCUGUGUUCAAAAUCAAAACGGAAUUUGUAACAAUCCUUCCUCCCCUCUUCUGACCUCCCUCCCUUGCUAUAACUUCAGUCACCUUUUUUCUCCCCCCCUGGAAAGAGGUUCAACGUUGUUUCUAUUUUCAUUUCUCUCCAACAUGCUUUUUUUAAAAAUGAAAACAGAUCAAAAAUAAAUAAAUAAAAUGAACUAGCUUUUAUAGUAGAAAUUACACGCAUGUGGGAGGGAGGGAAGGAGAUCUCCUCAGCCUUUUUUGUGGGAGGGGGGGAAACAAAUGUUUUAAUAAUUUUUGCCGGAUUACUUUACAACUAAAAACAAAACAAAAAAAAUAAAAAACACAGAUAUUGUUAUAAAUAAAAUUUUUAAAAACUAA